UACAGCUGGACUUCCUUUCUCUCAGUCUGCUCGUUCCUGCGGCUGUGUGUCUCGACUCUCCUCCUUUGUCACUGGAUUUUUAGCCAAUUUGGGAAUAAAUUCACCCCGGAUAUAACGCUCUCCUCGCACAAGCCAAGUCAUGGCAUCUGGUGUGAAAAUAAAUGAUAAGGUGGUCCAAGUCUUCAAUGACAUGAAGGUGAGGAAAUCUUCCACUCCAGAGGAGAUCAAGAAGAGGAAGAAGGCAAUCCUGUUCUGCAUGAGCCCUGACAAUAAGGAAGUAAUUUUGGAGCAAGAUAAGCAGAUCUUGGUGGGAGACAUUGGUGACACAGUUGAAGAUCCUUACAAGGCCUUUGUCAGUCUUCUACCACUUACCGACUGCCGAUAUGCACUGUAUGAUGCUAGUUAUGAAACCAGAGAGACCAGGAAAGAGGACCUCGUCUUUAUUUUCUGGGCUCCUGACAAUGCAUCUCUGAAAAGCAAAUUGAUAUAUGCUGCCACCAAAGAUGCACUUAGGAAAAAAUUUCCUGGUAUAAAACAUGAAUGGCAGGUAAAUGGUUUGGAUGAUAUUAAAGACCGUUGUGCCCUGGCAGAGAAACUCGCGGGAAGUACGGUGGUCUCACUUGAAGGGAUUCCACUAUAAUCUCAUUACCACCUUGCAGUAAACAGCUGGUAAUCGAUUUCUAUUCGGACCAUAGAGAAGAGUAUAGCUUCAUAUUGUUUUUUUUACUUUACUAACUUUUGUCUUCUCAUGAUUUCCUUCCUUCCAAGCCUAAUUGUGUUUUUUGAGAAAAUUUGAAAUGUUAACACACCACAAAAAUAAAACAUUCCUUAAUAAAGUUAUAACAAAUAGAACAGA